AUGCAGCGUAUUGUUGUACUCUUGGUCUGCUUGUUGGUUGGCACCACUGUGGCAGGCACGGUUAACGUGGCUCCCGAUCGCUUCGGGCGGCAGGGUCGUAUUGUGGGCGGCGAGGAUACAACAAUUGAGGCACAUCCAUAUCAGGUUUCACUGCAAAAGAAAAGCGGCUCUCACUUCUGUGGGGGCAGCAUAAUUGGACCCAACUUGGUGGUUACAGCGGCACACUGCCUGCAGGGCAUUAAGGUAUCUAGCAUUCGAGUGCGCUUGGGCUCAACGCUCUACAACGAAGGCGGCGUACUGGUUGCCGUCGAGAGUCUGGUAUACAACAAGCUGUAUAACAGCCAGACCAUGGAAAACGACGUGGGUCUGCUUAAGCUGGCGGAGAGUGUGCCCGAAUCGGAGAGUAUUCGAUAUAUAGAACUGGCUGAGGUAACUCCGCCAACUGGCACUCCGGCCGUGGUUACGGGCUGGGGAUCCAAGUGCUACUUCUGGUGCAUGUCGCUACCAAAGACACUCCAAGCGGUCGUCGUAUACAUUGUGGAUUGGAAGGAGUGCGGCUCCGAUGCGUACAAAUAUGGAGACAUUAUUCGGGACACCAUGGUUUGCGGCUAUGAGAAGGAUAAGGAUGCCUGUCAAGGUGAUUCCGGUGGCCCAUUGGUGGCCAACAAUCAGCUGGUGGGCAUUGUGUCGUGGGGCUACGGCUGCGCCUCCAAGCUAUUGCCCGGCGUCUACGCCGAUGUGGCUGCCUUGCGCAGCUGGAUCCUGGAGACAGCCAAGACUUUGUAGACUCAACUUUAUAGUAUAAUAUAUGACAUUGAUAAUGAAAAGUUGAUAAAAGUUGAAUUGAAGACAACCACCUUUAUGGCAAGUUUUCUG